GGGAGGAGCGCAUCUGCGCUAGCGAUUCCAAUGGCGGGGCGCGUCUGCUUUGGCCGAAGCUGACGACGACGGCGGCAACAACAACAACGACUACGAGGAGGAAGGCGGAGGAGAGAACGAGAGGAGGAGGAGGAGAGAACGAUAACAAGAGGAGGAGGAGGAUCAUUGCCGCUCACCCUCACGACAGCGACGAUAACGACGACGACGAGGAGGUGGAGGAGCGGAGGCGGUGUUUGGCGACUGCCGGGCCGCAUGUGCGUGAGCGUCCUGUGCGCGCUGAGCGGGCGGCUGCGGCCCCGGGGGGACGAGGCCCCGGCCGGCGGGAUGGCCUGCAACGGCGUGGCGCGGAGCAGGUUCGAGAUGUUUUCAAAUGGUGGUGAUGAAGUCGCUAUUAACAGAAAGCUUCCUAAGGAGCUGCUGCUGAGGAUAUUCUCCUUCCUGGAUGUUGUUACCUUGUGCCGCUGUGCGCAGGUGUCCAGAGCAUGGAAUGUGCUGGCCCUUGAUGGAAGCAACUGGCAGAAGAUUGAUCUCUUCAACUUCCAAAGGGACAUUGAGGGUCGCGUGGUCGAGAACAUUUCCAAGAGGUGUGGCGGUUUUCUCAGGCAGCUGAGCUUACGAGGGUGCUUAGGCGUCGGGGACAGUGCUCUUCGGACAUUUUCGCAGAACUGCAGGAAUAUAGAAACACUCAGUCUUAACGGCUGCACAAAAAUUACAGACAACACGUGCGCCAGCCUUGGCAAGUUCUGCUCCAAGCUGAAGCAGCUGGACCUCACUUCCUGCACGGCCAUCACUAACCACUCACUCAAGGCUCUCAGUGAUGGGUGCAAAGGGCUGGAGCAUUUGAACGUGUCAUGGUGCGACCAAGUGACAGAGGACGGUAUUACUGCUCUGGCCAGGGAAUGUCACUCCAUGAAAGUGCUUCUGCUCAAAGGCUGCUACAUGGUGAAUGAUGUAUCGCUGAAGCAAAUAGGCAAGUACUGCCCUGAGCUGGUCACACUCAACCUGCAGAACUGUUCGCGUGUGACUGACGAUGGUGUCAUAACGGUUUGCCGUGGCUGCCACAAGCUGCAGUCUCUCUCCGUGUCAGGCUGCAACGCACUCACCGACGCCUUGCUCAAUGCUCUUGGCCACAACUGCUACCACCUACGGAUACUGGAGGUGGCCGGCUGCUCUCAGCUUUCUGACACAGGCUUUCAAAUGCUUGCCAGGAACUGUCAUGACCUGGAGAAGAUGGACUUGGAAGAGUGCAUCCAGAUAACUGAUGCUACACUCAUCCAGCUGUCCCUGCACUGUCCUCGACUGCAGGUGCUGAGCCUCUCUCACUGCGAGCUGAUCACGGAUGACGGGAUCCGGCACCUGGGAAAUGGGGCAUGCUCACACGAGCGCCUCACCGUGCUAGAGCUGGACAAUUGCCCCCUGGUGACGGACGCCUCUCUCGAGCAUCUCAAGGGCUGCCAGAGCCUGCAACGCGUAGAGCUCUACGACUGCCAGCAGAUAACGCGUGCCGGCAUCAAACGCCUGCGGGCUCAUUUGCCAGAAAUCAAGGUACACGCCUACUUUGCACCCAGCACCCCUCCUCAGGUGGCCCCUGGGCCACGUGCCCGCUUCUGCCGCUGCUGUGUGAUCCUCUGAUGGAUGGGCCUCACCCGUGCGCCUUAACACAGCCGCACCUAUGACUACUGCCUCCCAACACUUGCAGAUGACAGACCUACAUAAGGGGUAAUGUGUCAAAAUGGGAGAGAUAUUUAGCUCUUCUGGGACUGCUCAGUGCUUCCUGCUGCCUUUUUUUUACCUCCUUGUGGUAGAAAUACGGUUACGAGAGCACAGGCCCUGACGCUGAUGUAUCUUUCUCGAAAUUGUUACUGUCAUUGAAGUGCAUUCCGAGAUGGAAUAGUGGCGGCAGAAAUUGGUCUGAAGAAGUAUCAACAGGACUGUACUGACAUGCAGCAGUGACCCAUACAUAUACUCUGCAUAUGCAAACAGCUGAUUUGUCAAGUUUUUUUUUUAACUUGUGUUGCGCUUGGCUUUUGAGUUGUUUAUUUUCAAUGUGUUUGUUGCCAAAACUGCGAUGUUAGUAAUUGAGCAACCAAUAGACAUUUUGUCAAAAAAGGACUGAAGCUGGGCUUCGAGACAUUUCAUGCUGGAUAUUCUUACUUGGGACUGGAUAUAAAUCUUGGAGCCCUAAAUAAAAUCACAAAUUCCUGGUCUGAAAAUACCAAUUUCCAGAGCUGAUCACUUUAUAGUGAUCUCAGGUGAUCUCUUGUAUGAACUCAUAAAACAGUACAAGGUUUGAAUCGAAAACAAGCCUCGUCUGCGAAAGAAUCAAACAUCGUUAGAAAAAAGUUUACAAGGCCAUAACCAUCAUCUGCAAGAUUUGAAGCUACAUGGUGUAAUGCGUGGGAGCCCUGGGAAAAUGUUGGAAUGCACUGUUGUGGCACAGCUUAGUGCUUGCUUCAUGGAAGGUGCCACAGGAUGGUGUUACCCUCACCAGCAAUAAGGACUGAGUUUACACUUGUUAAACUCCAAGCGUACAGUAUUACUGGGCACGGCCACUUUGCAUUCACGGACAGGUGUGAUGGAAUCCUUUAUUUGUCCUUUUUUUGCUUCUUUUAUGCAUGUUAAUUACAGCGCUGAAUUCGGAUGGUUUAACUGUCACCAACAUACAACAUUAAAACAAAUAAAAGGUUAGAUUGUUUUGUAUAAGCUUCCAGUUUUAAUCCUAUGAUUACAGUUGUCACAACGUCAUCUUAAUAUUUUCAAACCAAGCGAGAUGGAUUAAAUUGUUAGGCUUCUCUCUUACCGUUAAAUUUAAUGCUAUUUACCAGCUGGUAUAGCUGUCCAGUGCAUAUAAAUAUUACUUCCGGCUUUGUGUUUUCCUAGACUUGCGAUUGGUGACAAGCUAUGUGUGCGUGUUUUUGAUGCCUUUAGAGCAAACUUCAGAAGUAGCUUAAGUAAUAAACGUUGGUCUUGACAACUUGAUAAAAUGCUUUUAGCCAUGACUACAUAAAGUUGCAAUUUAUAAACUAAAUGAAAACAGGGCUUUUUACGUGCACAAGAAUUAACCCCCAAAACUCAGUUUGCUACUAAUACAUCAUUAAACUAGUAACCAAUGGACUGACGCGUGUAGCUAUUUCAGUGGAAUUCAUGUUGUGUUAACGGUUUUCUUAGGAAAAUUAUUGUUAGAUUUUGUACAUGUAACAUUUGGUAUUCCUUCACAGUUUCAGCAUUCAUGAAGCUACAUAUAUUGUAAACUGUAAUUGCGUUUAUCAUUUGUAAAAAUAUGGGAUCCAAGUAUCGAAAUGUGUAAGGUGUUUGCUGUUGGCAAACGUUUGUGGGUUGCCCUCCAAGUGUAGUGUAUCACCAUGGCGAAGGUUAUGCCAGAAUUGAAAUCUGUCUCUUCACAGUGGUGCCCUUGGAUAGCUGAGCGAUUAAAUAAUUGCUCCAAGUAUAACUGGAUAAUUGCAAGCACUGAAAAUACAUUGGUGCAGAUUGACCGAUUUGUUAAAAGUUUCUAAAAAAAAACACUUGCAAUUUUUAUUUUUGGAAAUGCUUCAUGUUUGAUAACUAAUAUAUACAGGUGGUUUUAUUUUACAGUUAACUGGAUUCUAUAAAACCAAUGUAAUGUAUUCCCUACCAAAUUAAUUAGUUGUAACCAAAAUACACUUAAUACGUUAAUUUGACAUUGGUUGAAUGUGUUCAUUUUACAAAAGGGCAGACAUUGUAACCAAUAUGUUAAUAUGUAAAACAACGGUUAAGGGUGAUAAAUGAUUACAAAUUGUUCGACUUGCUCUAUACAUUUUAGUGCAAUUGCGGAUAAAAAAAAAUUUCUAAAAAUUCUCAAAAUCCGUGCUACGUUUUUGCACGCUCUUGACAUGCUUUUAUCUGCACUGCUGCAUGAUGGUGUGCUGGCUGCAGCAUUCAUAAAUUGUGAACAGCAUGUACCAACUGGAGAUGUGGACCACGUGGUGACAGCUUUAUUCAACAGGCAGUCUGAUGACAACAGUGUGAUGUGGCCAUUUGGAAAGCUAAUAUAUAUCUUUCCACCGGUCUCUAUGAGCACCCAGGAGGAACUAAACACAAACGGCCACCACAGAGGUUUGUGGUUGCAAUGUAAAUGAGAUGUAGAAAUAAUUGUAUUUUGUGCUUCUGUGUUUGCAUUAUGAGUUAAACAUAGUCGUACGUUUCCAGUGCUGUGACGUAUUUUACAGGAUGUCUUGAACUGUUGUGACAAUUACAUUAUGUCGCUUGCACUAAUGCCAAUCAUUGUAGCUUAUGAUAAAACAUGAUCAUCCUUAUUGUGUUGUAUAAUGUGGUAAAGACAUUUCUGGGAACUUGUCAGAAUGUCCAGUGUUUUGGAUUUCUGCAUAUGUAUGUGAAUAUUCAUGUAGUCACAUGCACACAAUAUGUGAGAAAAUACAGUUGUACCACUCUGGGUUCUGACAAUUGUGCAUUCUAUCAUUACAUCUUAGACCAUAUAGGAUGUGAAUAACAUAACAUUUGCAGUUAUGAUGACCACCAAUAGUUGUCAUGUAAAUUGGUCUUUAUAGACAUGUGGUCUCUAACUCACAGGGUUCCAUGUAAUGAGACUCCAUUUUCAGGAAUGAAUGGUUACGUUUCAUUGGAAGGUCUCAGGUUUUAUGGACCAACCUUGGCUCUAUGUGAUCCUAAAUCACAAUUUACAUAUACAAAGGCUUCAAUGGAGUUGACUCAAAGUUAUGUUGGCUGUUGUUUAUAAAAAGCCAAAGCGUAGAUUUAAUAAUUUGCCUUUUAUGUAAAAAAAAGAAAAAUGUACAACUCUUUGAUAAAUCAAAAUGUUUAAGACUUGGAAAAUAAGUUUAUGAUAACUAAAUACAAAAAAUACACCUUUAACUGGCUGACAAGUAUUAAUGGUACAUUUAGUUUAAAAUGUUUUAAAAUUGUGGAAAUUUGUUGUUCGUCACAAACUCUCUAUAUAAAAAAGCUCUAGCUGGCAGUGGAAUUGGUGUUUAUCUGAAGCUUUUGUUUUAUGUACAACACGAGUUGCAUCAAAGCACAAUGUUUCGCUCCUUAAGUAGUGCUGGUAUUCUGUUGGUAUGUACAAUACAUUCAUUUGCACAGUUUCAAUGAUUCUACAAAAAAUUCUAGAUAGAAUUUGUGACUAAGGAAGAUGGUCCUGUGUGAUGAACAUUCUAUUACAAUAUUUAUAUGCUGGUUUCAAACCUGCAUCAAACAGUUGGCUGCACUCUGGUGAUCAAGCUCGCUCACAAGGUAAAGCUGGACCUUUUUACCACCUCCCACAAUAAACAAAGUCCUUGACUUUGCUACCAAGCAGUUCGAGCAUCUCGAAGCAGUCCUGCUAUUAGGCUCUCAAAGCCAUAAUGAACAUUGUAACAUGAAUAGUCCAGGUUUUGUCAUGGCACGGCACAAGGGGGGUGUCAAAUGGUUUGUGAUGGAGGGGAUGAGGAUGUUGAAGGUGUGCGAGUGCAGCUGACUGAGCACCAUGGCUGUAAAGCUAACAGAAGUCACACAGGACAUGCCUCACUUUGAAGUCAUCAUUUCAAUAUGGUAUUUUAGGUUUACAUUCUCAGAUAUUACUACAGUACUGAUAACUCUUGAACGUAUUUGAGGUUUUUUUUCCUCCACUGCAAACGCCAGAAAAUAUAAGGGAGGGCAGGGCAGGAAACUACUGACAAAUCAGAGGAAAUAUGACAUUAAAAUUAUAUAAUACACAUUUUUUUGCGAACAGCAGUGACCAGUGAAUUUGCUUUUCACAUAGAAUUCUGCUCGAUGUCACAUGCCUACUUCCGUGGUAUUAAUCCAUAAAGCAAAAUUCAGAGCUUAAUAGUGUGAACAACUAAGUUUGUCAAUUACAAUAUUCAAGAUUCAUAAAUUAUAAUUACAAAUGUUUUCUCACCGCUUUUGAUGGAACUCUUCGAAAAUCGCAGUGGAACUGAGUAUUAAACAAAUAGUUUCCAAGUUAUAUAUCCUUUUUUCCCCUGGAAUUUAGCAUAUGCAGCAAUUCUAUUUUGAAGUACAAAAUAAUGCGCAAUUCCAGUCGGUGGUGUUGCAUUGUGAGAUGUUGGUGUGGUGUUGUAGGAUGGAUGGCUUUGGAGUUUGUUUUCAUGCUUACAUGUCAUAAGUAAACUUUUAGUUUUUCCCAAAAUUCUGUUGACCUGUGUAAUGUGUUAUUUUUAUCUGCUCAUUCUUGAUUUUACUACACUGGUGAUAGCUGUAUUUAUAUUUAUACAUUUUUGGAGUGCGGCGCUGUAAUAAGUAUACAGUAAAUGAUGUAUUUACAUGUAUGCAAGCACACUUUAAAAUACAUUGUAUUGAACAUUCAUUUUGGAGUGAUUUUGAUAUCAAAGUGAUUAAACUUUGUUAUUUUGUUGCAA